UUUAAUCUCUCACUUUAAUUUCCUUCUUCAAUCUUUUUUCUUUCUUUCUUUGUUUUUUUUCUCCAUGUCCCCAUAACCCUUUGCAUGAACAAACAAACCCUCAAUCUUUCUUCUCCAACAAAAAAUUAACCUAAUUUCUCACACACAACACAAACUUCCCACCACUAAAACAAACAAGAAAAGAACAAAAAACCCAAAAACCCAAAGUGAUCAAUAUGUCCGCAGCCGUCGCCGCCGCAGCCGCCGCCGCGUCUAUAGCCAGCUCAGCAGCCAGUUCCGACGCCAUCUUCAACGGCCACCACCAAUCCCUCCUCUCCAUCACCCCCUCACCGGCGCCGCCGCCGCAGCAGCCGCCGUCGCUGAGCCGUUACGAGUCGCAGAAGCGGCGCGACUGGAACACAUUCGGACAGUACCUGAAGAACCACCGCCCCCCGCUGACCCUCUCCCGCUGUAGUGGGGCCCACGUGCUGGAGUUCCUCCGUUACCUCGACCAGUUCGGGAAAACCAAGGUUCACUCCGACACCUGCCCCUUCUACGGGAAGCCCCAGCCGCCGGCGCCCUGCCCCUGCCCGCUCCGGCAGGCUUGGGGCAGCCUCGACGCCCUCAUCGGCCGCCUCCGGGCAGCCUUCGAGGAGAACGGCGGUAAGCCCGAGACCAAUCCCUUUGGCGCACGCGCCGUCAGGCUCUACCUUAGGGAGGUCCGGGACUCCCAAGCCAAGGCUAGAGGAAUUGCUUAUGAGAAGAAGAAGAGGAAGAAACCAACAACGACGUCAUCCCAACAAUAUUAUACUACUACUAACAAUAAUAAUAAUAAUAACAUUAAUCAUGUUACGCCAAGCUUGAGUGGUUUUGAUAAUCAUGAUGAUAAUUAUGAUCAUCGUAAUGGGAGUAUGAGUAGUUCAAGUGGUAGAGGCUCAAUCAGCUCAAUGAUACCUCUCUCAGUGUUAAAUUAGAAGAAGAUUAUUGCAUGGAAAUGGAAGUAAGCUAACUAGGUUAUCUAGAUAUAUAUAAAUGUGAUUUCUAGUGUCACUUGUUUUUUUCUAUUUUGGUGGGCUAAUAUGUAAUGUUGUGGUGUUUAUUUAUAAUAUAUAUGGUAGCUAGCUAUGUAGCUAGAAGUUUAGAUUGCAUAGCGUAUUUUGGGCAUUUUUUGCCGUUUGUGUUGAAAAAUAUCAAUGAUGACAUUGAUCAUGCAUCAAUUGUUAUUUUGGAGCUAAGAUUUGUGUUUCUUGAAUCUUGAUGGAGUAUGACUGUUUGGCUUAAUUUGGUGUAUAAUGUAGGAUUUGUUUUGAUGCUUCUAUUUGCUUAAUUUCCUCGGUUGUUGGAACAUGUUUGUUUUGAUUGGAACGAUGUUGUUGUUCGAUCGA